AUGGACAACGUCGACACUGACUCGGACCUCUCUUUCCACGGCAACGAGUUUACCCCCAUUAACUCUCCCCGUGGUAAGAAGAUGGACGCGUUGAGAGGUAUCGUGAAGAAGGAACACGGGGACGAAGACGAAGAGUCUGUAUCAGCCAUCAAAGAUGAAGAGAGCGAGGAAGAAGCCACUACCCCCGUGAAGGCAACACCCUCGAAGAACAAGAAAGGAACACCCGGCUCAGGCAAACGCAGGGCCGCCGCCCCAGGCACAGAAGAACCCAAGACCCCCAGCAAGAAGUCCAAAAAGAGCACGGACAAUGGCACUCCCGCCUCGGAGAAAGCAUCCUACGCCAAAUUACCUCCAAUCCCGACCUCGCGCGCAGCAGCAGGCGAAUGGGACCUCAUGAUCCUCCGCAUGCGCGACGACGAAAACAAACCCUGGCCGCAGAUCAACAAGGACUUCUUCGAGGCGUCGAAGAUCAAGGUCGGUGGCUCGACGCUUAGAAUGCGCUAUAACACCAUGAAGGCGAACUUCACGGGUGUCACGGAGGAAGAUGGAGCCCGCCUCAUGCGCUUCAAGAAGGAAAUCGAGGAGAAGUUUGAGCAGGAGAAGUGGCAUCGCAUUGUUAACGCCAUUCAAGCUGAUGGCGGGGAUAAGUAUCCUGCUGCCACCUUGCAGAAGAAAUUCAAGGAGCUAAGCAAGAAUGCUGCUGCGUCUGCUCAGGGUGCCGGUGAUGACGAGGAGUGA